GGCUCUGCAGAGGGAGGCUCCCGUCUGGGUAAUGGAUUUUGAGAAUCUUUUCUCAAAACCCCCCAACCCCGCCCUCGGCAAAAAAACGGCCACGGAUUCUGGCGAAAGAGUAAUCGAUGAUGAAAUAGAUGAUACAGAAGUUGAAGAAACACAAGAAAAGAAAAUAAAGUUGGAAGUUAAUCUGGAAUGUGAACAAAUUCCCAAAAAAUUUAGGCACUUCAGAAACUCAACAUCAUCAAAGAAUUUGCUACAUAGAAAAUCAAGAAGUAAGGACUAUGAUGUAUAUAGUGAUGAUGAUGUCUGCAAUCAGGAGUCAGAAGAUAAUUUUGCCAAAGAACUUCAACAGUAUAUACAAGCUAAAGAAAUGGCGAAUGCUGCUCAACCUCUGCCAUUUUCUGAAGAAUCUAUGAAGAAAGAGGGAGCAAAAGAUACCCAGCAAGCUGCUAAACAAAAAAAUAAAACUAUUAAAGCUGAUCACAAGAGUAAUAAUAAAAAGAAGAAAAUGAAACGAAAAUGGCCUGGCCCUGGAAACAAAGGAUCAAAUGCUUCUCUGAGAAACAGUGGCUCAUGGGAAAAGGAUGGUAAACCUAAAGAGAAGCAGCAGCAUGUGAGAAUGAGUCAGGGAUUCAUCAACCAACAUACAGUGGAAUACAAAGGAAAACAAAUUUGUAAAUAUUUUCUUGAAAGGAAAUGUAUUAAGGGAGACCAGUGUAAAUUUGAUCAUGAUGCAGAAAUACAGAAGAAAAAGGAAAUGUGCAAGUUUUAUGUACAAGGAUAUUGUACCAGAGGUGAAAACUGUCUAUAUUUGCAUAAUGAAUAUCCUUGCAAGUUUUACCAUACAGGAACAAAAUGUUAUCAGGGUGAACACUGCAAGUUUUCACAUGCUCCCCUAACUGACGAAACACAGGAGCUGUUGGCUAAAGUUUUAGAUGAUGGAAAGAAGUCAUAUAAAUAAAACAAACAUAAAAAGCAUUGUAUAGAUGAAGAGUGCUUAUGCCUAUGCCUGUCCAAGACUGGUAAUUUGGAGUAGUUUACAAGAGUCUUCAUUCAAGGCGCCCUCUUGUGUCAUUGGGAUGAUGUGCAGUUUCUUUAAUGGAUGGGCGGGCAGAGGGCUGGUAUCUAAUGUAUAGGAGAAGGGGUUGGCCUUCACUGAGGUGUUCGGACCAUUGGAACAGGAGAGGAGCAUAUAUGGCAGAGAUGCCGGCUGACGGGUUACAGAAGUCUCUUCUGAUUGAUUUAGUUUUCUCAGCAAAAUAGGAAGCAAGCUAAGGCUGAGUGAGAUGGGUAAAGAGGUAUAGGAGGUUUGAGGAGAGAAAACAGCUUAAGGAAAGCAUUGGUAUAAAAGAUGGACCAUAAAAAUAGAGCUAAGAUCUCUUCAUGUCAUUGAACACUUUCACAACAUGUUUUUAAUGGCUGUUCACAACUUCAUUUGAGGGUUAAAAUAAAUUAUGGUUUUAUGAUAUUUUAAAAUGAAUUUCUUGUUCUUAGACUUUUUUCCAUUUUUGUAGUAUAAUAUUGUAAUAAGUAAAAUGGAUUCUAGUUUUUCCUGUUAUAUAUAUUGUAAAUAAAAUUGAAAAA